AUGAAGUCCGUUCUGUUCAGCCGCUUCUUCAUUCUCCUGCCUUGGAUCCUAAUCGUCAUCAUCAUGCUCGACGUGGACACGCGCAGGCCAGCGCCCCCGCUCACCCCGCGCCCCUACUUUUCUCCCUACGUGAUGGGCCGCGGGGGCGCCCGACUGCCGCUCCGCAGGGUUGGUCCCGACAGCGGCCCCGGGCGCCGCUGGGUGAAGCGCAACGAGUCGCGGCCACAGCCACAGCCGCGGCCCGAGCCGCCUCUGCCCACCAUCUAUGCCAUCACGCCUACCUACAGCCGCCCGGUGCAGAAAGCCGAGCUGACCCGCCUGGCCAACACUUUCCGCCAGGUGGCGCAGCUGCACUGGAUCCUGGUGGAGGACGCGGCGGCGCGCAGCGAGCUGGUGAGCCGCUUCCUGGCGCGGGCCGGGCUGCCCAGCACGCACCUGCACGUGCCCACGCCGCGGCGCUACAAGAGGCCGGGACUGCCGCGCGCCACGGAGCAGCGCAACGCGGGUCUUGCUUGGUUGCGCCAGAGGCACCAGCACCAGCGCGCGCAGCCCGGCGUGCUCUUUUUCGCCGACGACGACAACACCUACAGUCUGGAGCUGUUCCAGGAGAUGCGAACUACACGCAAGGUCUCUGUCUGGCCAGUGGGCCUGGUUGGCGGGCGACGCUAUGAACGUCCGUUGGUGGAAAACGGCAAAGUCGUUGGUUGGUACACCGGCUGGAGAGCAGACAGGCCUUUUGCCAUCGACAUGGCAGGAUUUGCUGUCAGUCUUCAAGUCAUCUUGUCCAAUCCAAAAGCCGUAUUUAAGCGUCGUGGAUCCCAGCCAGGGAUGCAAGAAUCUGAUUUUCUAAAACAGAUAACAACAGUUGAAGAGCUGGAACCAAAAGCAAAUAACUGCACCAAGGUUCUCGUGUGGCACACUCGGACAGAGAAGGUUAAUCUAGCCAACGAGCCAAAGUACCACCUGGACACGGUGAAAAUUGAGGUAUAAAUUGAAGAAACUGAAGCAGCAACUGGUGCAGUUUGCCUGGCAGGUGGACGUGGGAGAGGACGUUUGGAGGUCAGGCUGCCAAACAUUCAGGUAUUGUUCACUUUACUUCAGUACAGCAGCCUUGACUGUCAUCUGAUGGACAUCUGUUUAAGCAGAGCUUGCCAGUUAACACGGCUGACUGGAUGGUAUAAAGUGUGUGUUUUUUGUCUUCAUUUGUUCUGCAUGUUUUCCCUACAACGAAACUGGAAGUUCUUUGUACAGUACAGCUAGUGACACUGCGGGAUACACUGUGAGUAUCUUGUGUACUUUUUUUUUUUUUUUUCCCAUUUGGCCUUAUAACUGGUGGAACUGGUUUUAGAAACAAAGGACAGGUAUUUUGUUGACUAAAUGUUC